AUGAAUACCGCCGGCGAGCACUCUUCUACCCCAGAUUUGCAAGUGAGUCUACAGAAGCCACAGGCGAUUGCAUGUCCUUCUGUGAAAGAUAUUCUCUCAGAAACGACUGUAUUUCCACCUUGUCUACCGACAGAGAGAACAGAGUACUUGUCGGCAGAGGAGCAAACGAAUCUACUCACGUCUCUGCAAGAGACUCUGAAGAACCUAGAAAGCGAGAAUGAAGCAGACAUCGAGGCUUUCAUGGAUGUACGGUCUACAUUGGAUAAGAUAUGGAGUUCCAAUUCGGACAUUCUGGUUCAAGCAGCGAAUCUUCUGGCGAACGGAAGCAGGAAUUCUUCGUGGAGGUUGCCAUACGGACAUUCGGGAAUUUUGGAUUUCUUCCUUCGCUUGGUUUCUUCGAGUGAGAUUACCGACAAUGAGUUACUACUGCAUUCUUUGCGGUUGAGUGGGAAUUCGUGUGCCGACACAGAUGAAAACAGAUCAAUUGUCGUGAAGGACAAUUAUACACUUGCUAUCAUCCGUCAUCUUUUGAACCCAGGGCUUACCCAGGUGGUAAUACCCGUCUUAUAUAACACUUGCAUGGACUUCGAGCCGGCUCAUGCUCAGGUUGCCGAAAACAUGAUCGCGUAUAUACUAUCGAAACUAAUCAGAGAGGGUGCGUUUUCUGAUAACGAGGCAUUGCUUGACUAUUCCUACGAACUUAUAGAGCUGGCAGCGGAGCAAGGACAAGGGGUCGAGCGUUCCCCCGAUGGAACGAUUUCGCUUCUUUUGGAGCUUGCAAUUGACAAGGAGACUACUUUCUCCCAAUCCUCCUGCGUUGUCAACAGUCUAGUGAAGUAUCUGGAAAACGAACGAUUCCAAAACGUCUGUAUAUCGAAUAGCAUGGUAGAGCGUGUGCUCUCUGCCCUCCAGCGGUCACUCUCCCUCGAGGUGGAUCGAUCAUCCGUCGGAGAGGCGAAGGCGUUCGUCCAACUGCAACUGAAACUCAACCAAACAUUGGCGGAGCUCUCAGGCUCAGAACUGUUCGCAAAGUUCUAUCCGCUUGACUCACCAAUGUUCCAGACUCUGAAGUCCUGGCUGACCGCAAAUGAAGACCAGCUCCAGAUAUGCUCGUGUGUCAUGCUGGGUAACUUGGCCCGGUCAGACGAAGUCUGCGAGAAGAUGGUUUGCGAUCUAGGUCUGCAUAAAGAAUUGAUAUCGAUCCUCAAGAGCGACGCCAGAGGCGGCGUUCUUCAUUCCUCGCUCGGCUUUCUGAAGAACCUGGCAAUUGCCGGCGACAACAGGCAGCGCCUAGGUGAUGCCGGUAUAAUACCCGCGAUAUCAAGUCUAUGGAGAUAUGAGACGGUUCCGCAGGUCCAAUUUGCUGCUACCAGCAUGGCUCGCCAACUGAUCGUAUCGUCAUAUGAAAACGUCAAGAGAUUACUAGAUACAAUAUCCGAGGGUAAUUUCUUAGAAAACGAGCAGACAUAUCUGUCAUUGUUGCUUGGUCUCUUCGAAAAGACAGAUUCAGCCCCAAUCACGACCGAGAUCGGACGAAGCGUCGCUUCUAUCUGCCGCACUCUGAUCCCAAAGGCUAAUGAACCCGAGACAGGUGUCCUCUUGGAACGCCUAUUCAGCUUACAUGAACACAUUGCACGUCCGAUAGGUGCCAUGAUCACGCAGACUCAGUGGCCUGUCGUCCGGAGUGAAGGCUGGUUUGCAUUGGCCUUGAUGGCGUCUUGCAAACAGGGCACUUCGGCUGUCAUGGAUUGCCUGCAGAAUAUGGAAGUCUACCCGCUGCUUGAGAGGACAUUAAGUGCAGGUGACUCGGAUUCAGCGACUGAAACGGAAAAUAUACAGCGAGCCAAGGAUCGCGAUAACACCAUUAUUCUCGUGAAGGAGUUGUUCUCCAACGAUCAGGGUACACUACCAGAGGACUGGAAGUCCUCAUUGGAAGGUUUGAUGAACGGCCAUGUGUCGCGGUAUCUGAAAGGAAGUGAAGAUAGCUGA